UUCUAGUUUGUGAACAAGGUCGCCUGUACUAUCUCGUUCGAGAUUCUCAGACAUGACACAGAUCUUUUAGGUGAUAACAUUUUGGACAGUUGAAGAGAAACAUGAUUAGACAUCUCGUUCUCAUUUCAGCAGCUAUCGCCUGCACUUUGUGCGGAUGUCCCCUGGAUUGGGCAGAAUUCAACGGAGAGUGUCUCUAUUUUGGUCACAACAAAAGGGAUUUCAUCGGCUGUGAGACCUAUUGUAAAAAUGAACAAGCAUAUCUAGCGACGGUGGACAACGCUGCGAAAGCGAACUUUAUACGGCAAUUUCUGAGUGUCAUGCACAGUAAUCGGUACUACCGGUACUGGAUUGGAGGUUCUGACUUUGCUGUAGAGGGCUCAUGGCGAUGGAUAGAGACCGGUUUACCGAUAGGCUCUACCUACACGAACUGGGCUGAUGGCCGCCCCACCAGCAAUGCAACGUUCAACUGUAUGAUGAUGGAAUGGGUGGGCGACGAUCUGAAAUGGGUCGAUGUCGAAUGUAACCAUAGGGACGUGACCUACAUAUGCGAGAAGCAAAUGUCCAGUUAGUUCCCAGAACAUGAUUCUGUAUGGCUACGUGAAAAUUAGAAUAAAAUUAAAAAAGUG